AUACUUUUAAAUAGAGUUCCGAAUGUCGCAUUUCACACGCACAAACCAUAGAGAGAAAAAAACGUUCACUCCAUGGACGAGAAAAUGGACGUUGUCAUCGUUAUAUCGGACGAUGACAACACCGAAGAAGACAGUGCAAAUGGCGGAGAUGAUAGCGAGGAUAUUGAACAAAGCACAGAGCAGCACGCUGAACUUACAAGUGAUCAACUCUCCCUCCAAUAUGAGCGGGAUCUGGAAAUGGCUAUCGAAUUGAGUCUGCAGACCAAUUUGGCAGCUACAGCCAGCUCCUCAUCAGAGUCUAGAAAAUCAGCCAAAAGGGCUUUAAUGCACAACAGAACCUGGUGCAACAUUCGCCAGGAGAAACAAAACUUGAAGCAACGUCCAGGUAGCGCUACUGAACGGGUAUCCACACCCACGGUAGACGAUGAUUCUGACGACUUGCCUGACCUGGACACUAACGAGGAGUGCAUCUAUGUUCAGGUGUACGAGGAGGAAAUAAACGAUGACAGCGACUGCAUGAUUGUGGAAGACUCGUAUCAAGUUGUGUCUGGCUGUACAGGUAUUACAAAAAACAAAGGCUCUGUACCAGAAAAAACAGUAAAAAAUGAGUAUAAAAAAUUGGCAGUCACCUCUACAGACACUAAACAUAAAUCAGAGAAAACCAGUUAUACUGUUCAGAGUGACAGUGAUCGAGGAAUUGAUUUUGAAAAAACUAUGGAAUCAAAGACAGGCAAAGCAUUGGAUUCAUCCAAAACCAGUUCUGGUGAAACAGAUUCUCCAGAACCGAGUGAUAAGGAAACUGAUAGCAGUAAAAAUGGUAGGAAGAAACUUCCUAUUUUGUCAUUGGAAGGACGCGCCAAGCUGGCAAACAUUCUAAAGACAGUGAAUCCCAGGAACCUUCAGAAGUCCAAGAGUGUGGAGGAGUCGAGCAAAGGGCAGAGUGCUACAGGACAUUCAUCGAAAAGCAAAGAAAAAUGGCCCUUCACUAUCGAAAGACAUUUCUCAGACAUUUUGAGUGGGGGUUCACCCCUGGAGAAUGACACUGGUGUGCACCUGAGGAGGAAUUCACCAGACAAGAUUAAGACAAAUUGGAAAUCAAGCAAUCCUGCUACACUGAGUCCUCCCGUCCUUCCUAAAGGAUCAUUCCAACCCAUCACCUCAAGUCCGGGGCAAGAACACCCGCCACUGUUACAGCCCCAGGUGACCAAGCCCAGUCUGGGGCAAGAACACCUGUCACUGUUACAGCCCCAGGUGACCAAGCCAAGUGCAUUCGCAAACUACACAUCUACAAAAUCACCAGGAAGUUCUCCUACUCCAUCAAAACGCCUCAAGCUAGGCAGACACAGUAGUACUGGUGGGGUCAGUGACAAGAUUACGAAAAACAAUUUCCAAAUUGUGAACAUGAAGUUAGGUAAAUCUUUAUCCUUUGAAGCUAAUAUUCCUAAACGUCGAGUUAUAAGAAGACCAAGUGAAGUUGUGUUGGAAGGCUGGAACUCAAAAUGUACAGAUGUGCGGAACUUUUUCAAACCCAUCCCAUCGUCAUCUUCUACAAGUGAAAUGCCAACAAGGACACUAAAAGACUGGCAAAACUUAAAACCAUUCAAUGUUGAGUUCCCAGUCAACGAGGGUCUGGAGGAUUCUCUCUCUUUGAAAUUAUCUAAGAUGCAUAUAGAUACUAUAGGAGUGUGCUUUGAGGAAGAGGGACCAUAUUGCCUUCGCCACGCUAUAAAAUUUACACACGACUUUUCUCUCAAAUAUGCCCCAACGGGUGACAUUAUAAAACAAAUGUUGUACAAGGGGAUAAUAGAGAACAAUCAGGUGGAUUUAAUAUAUAGUUCAUAUCGAACCCUGAAGCUGAUUCAGCAAAAAUAUCCAGGGAUAAUCCAGAUCGACUGGGAUACAAUCAAGCUUGUGAUGGAUACCGUCAACUUAGGGCUCAGUUUCAUACAGCAGGAUGUAGUUGUCCUUCUCCGAGCCAGUCUGUUCCUCCAGCUUACAGUAACGUGCUAUGAAGAUGAGCUUUAUAAUCGUGAUGUGGUCGACCCAAAGGGUUUGCGUCAGUCCAUGGCGUACAGGAGUCUUACUUCAGACAGUUUGUCAUACACGGGGGGCGUCAAACAACUCACCAACUGGAUUGUCUGUUGUCUCACCUAUGGAGAGUUUCAAGAAGUACAGGAGAUUUCAUCACCCUUUUUUCGUGAAAGAAACCCCGAUAAACACCAACCUAACCCAAAUCCUGAAGAAAACGUAAUUCUACGACAAGAACUUCGUAAGUUACUACCACUGUUGCAGCGACUUCUUAAGAUCGCCAUCGAGAUAAACCUGAGUAGUUCUGACUGUGCCAGGACUUGCGCCACUGAGCUAAUGAAGAGCUUUGUUUACCUUAGUCUCAGUUACAAGAAGUUGCUGCUACAGACGAUGCAGUCGAAUCUGCUCCAGUUCAAACUGGUGUCACUGAUGCUGGAAAAUUACUGUGAUUGUGAUGCUUUCUCUUACUACGAGUUCCCGUCCAGUGUCAGGGACGUGGUGGAGAGCUUGUUCCAGGCCCAGCCCCCACGAAUGAUGAACACACCUCCCACGACCCCCCAGUCUGAGGAGGAAGCAGGGGAUGGAGACGGGGAGCAUGGGGGCAGAUAUGUACCAAAGGUUUCCUCCGUAGCAGUGGAAGAGCUUGCCAUGCUACAGUAUUAUGCCUUGCAAAGUUAUUUGCAGUGUUCUAAAGCUAAGAGCCACAUUCCACUGAGGGUCAGAGUGAAGUCAGCCGAGAAAGAGUUUGGCAGUCUGUCUGCUGAGAACCUGAAGGAGUUGGAGAAGUUGCCUGGUCACGUAGAGGAGCUACGGGGUCACUACCUACAGCUUGCCAUCGACCUCACCCAGGACACAGAGAAAUAUCUGAUGAUGAUGCUCUGUUUGAAGGAUGUGACAGUCAAAUGUUGAAUAGUGUCGUAAGUCAUUAACUUUACCAAGGGCACUGUGGAGAAAUACAACACAAUUCUUUGUCAAAAUAAUGCGAAAGUCAAACACUAGAGCGUUGUUGGCGUAACAGUCAAAGUAGCUUCAUGUAACACCACUGUAGCAACUUACUGAAUACCCAGACAUUUUCACUACAGCUUAACAUUCGUCUUUUUCGCUCUCCCCAAUGAGAGCAAAUAUCAUGACAGCGAAUUUAAGUACACAACAUGCAAAAUAUAGUAAUUACAUAUAUAUAUGAAGGGCAAGAUUAACACUGUGUGAAUAUUGACUGGGCAAAAGUUUCCCAGUAUAGUGAGUAUAGAGUAUAUACCACCACUACCACUAGUACUGGUAAAUGUAUACUACACUACCACUAGUACUGGUACAUGUAUACCACCACUACCACAAGUACUGGUACAUGGAUACUACACUACCACUAGUACUGGUACAUGUAUACCACCACUACCACUAGUACCGGUACAUGUAUACCACCACUACCAC